AGUGUUUGUGCAUUUGGUGGAUUGGUGGAAGUCGCCCUUGAUGGAGACAACCGCGUAAAGUUGGAAAAUCUCGCGCUGGGAAAAUGAAAAUAUUCACAGCUCAAUGAACGAUUUGUGUGUUUGAUUUGGAAGCAGAUUCACGGUGACAAGUGAUGAACCGACGAUCGAAGAUAUGACGAAAAUGCCACUCGUGACUAUCUCUUUGGGUGACUGUGUGGUGGAAAUUUUGUAUAAGGGGCUUUUGCAGACAAAAAUCCGAACAAAUUUAUUGAUUGGUGAUUGACGCUCGGUGGGUGAUCGCUGGAUAAAGAGCAUUGAAUCUAGAAGAUUAGACGGCAUCAGUGAAUUAUUGCCGGUGAUAACGCCUCGCUCAGUGCAGUUCAGAUAUUACUGUGUGAAUAAAAGCAGGAAAAGCGAUUCGUACACCCAUUGAGAGAUGGCUUCUGGUGAAUCGACGGUGAUUGAUUAGCAUACGAAUGCAAUUAAUAAUAAUUGCUUUGAACGAGUGUGCACAGCGAGUAGUGAUUUGAAACAUACACCAUUGGCAGUUAUAUGGUAUUGCAUGGCACUCAAUUGACCGAGAUAGGCAGUUUGUGAUUGUGAAUAUAAAUAAAAGUGUCAUCACUUGUGCAUCAUACCGGCAGUGUUGGGCGCCUAUUGACUUCUGGUUCCAAACCAUUCAGACGCGUGUGAACCACCUGCCAAUCUCGUUAAGAGAACUGUACGCUGUUAUGGCACUCACAUGAGGAUUAUUGUAUGGACGGUAACAGCCGCGCGCCGCACGUGUACAACUCAAUACCAUAGAGUGUGAUUGACUAAUUGACCGAGAGGUACCGCCGAUCAGUUCGCGGGAAAGGGCCUGCUGUACGGGGAGGACACGCUCAUUGACGUCGCUGACGCCGUAUCGCCGUCACCUAGCCUUUGCCCAACUAAUCCGGCCAGCAUCGAAGGGCUCGGUCCGGCACCCGGUCCCGCAUAGCCCGCACCCCCAGCAGCUAUGUACGGACUGCUGCUCGAGAAUCUUUCCGAAUAUGUGAAAAGCGUCUACGGGGAGGAAAAGUGGGAAGACAUCCGCAAGCAAACUGGCAUCUCGUCGCCUUCGUUCAGCGUGCACGAUGACUACGACGAGAAUCUGCUCAACCAACUGGCGACGAAGGCGCAAGAAAUCCUCGGAAUCUCGGAACGUGACUUCAUGGACCAGAUGGGCGUCUACUUCGUGAACUUUGUCAGCCAGUACGGGUACGAUCGGGUGCUGUCGGUGCUGGGCCGGCACAUGCGUGACUUCCUGAAUGGGCUGGAUAAUUUGCACGAAUAUCUGAAGUUUUCCUACCCGUUGAUGCGUGCACCGAGCUUCAUCUGCGAGAACGAAACCCGCCACGGCCUGACGCUGCACUACCGCACUAAGCGCAAGGGUUUCGUCUUCUACACAAUGGGACAAAUUAGAGAGGUGGCACGUCACUUCUACCACAAAGAAAUGGAAAUUACCCUGAUCCAGUCGGACCUGCUGGGGGAAACCAAUCACUACACGUUUCAGCUGACGUUCGACAACCGGGCUUUUUCGCUGGCAACACUGGCCAUGACGCGGGAGGAGAAGCACUUGCCCAUCAGCGCGUCCGUUUUGUUCGAGAUUUUCCCUUUCUGCAUUGUGUUUGGUUCCGACAUGGUCGUGCGCAGUAUAGGCAACUCACUGAUGGUCAUCAUCCCGGAUCUCCUGUCCAAGAAGAUCACUGAUUGGUUCGAACUGCGACGUCCCCUGAUAGCUUUCAAGUUCCAAACGAUACUCAACCGCACAAACAACAUCUUUGAACUAGUCACCAUGGAGUCGGUCAAGAAGCGACCGGAAAACCAACGAAAGACUGAAAUCUUCCUCAGCGACCAGGAACAGCAGGAGGAAGUGGAGAAACAUCUACGGCUCAAAGGUCAAAUGAUCUACAUGGAAAACUGGCGCUUGAUAAUGUUCCUGGGCACGCCGGUCAUGCCCAAACUGUCCUCGCUGAUCAGCACUGGACUGUACAUAAACGACCUGUCGAUGCAUGACUUCAGUAGGGAUCUCAUGCUGGCUGGAACCCAGCAAUCGGUGGAACUCAAGCUAGCUCUAGACCAAGAGCAGCAAAAGUCGAAAAAGCUGGAGGAAUCGAUGCGCAAACUGGACGAGGAGAUGCGCCGUACCGAUGAGCUCCUAUAUCAGAUGAUACCGAAACAGGUGGCGGACCGGUUGAGGCGAGGUGAGAAUCCGAUCGAUACCUGCGAGAUGUUCAACAGUGUGUCGAUCCUGUUCUCGGACGUGGUCACGUUCACCGAGAUCUGCAGUCGGAUAACACCGAUGGAGGUCGUAUCGAUGCUGAAUGCUAUGUAUUCGAUAUUCGAUACGCUCACGGAGAGGAACAAUGUAUAUAAGGUUGAAACUAUUGGUGAUGCAUAUAUGGUGGUGUCUGGUGCUCCCGAAAAGGAACAAAACCAUGCCGAGAAAGUUUGUGAUAUGGCUUUGGAUAUGAUCGAAGCAAUUACUGAUCUUAAGGACCCAUCAACCGGAUCUCAUUUGCGGAUACGAGUUGGUGUCCACUCUGGUGCUGUUGUGGCGGGCAUCGUAGGGCUCAAGAUGCCUCGCUACUGUCUGUUUGGUGAUUCUGUAAAUACGGCCUCCCGAAUGGAGUCCACUAGUCAAGCGAUGAAAAUUCACAUAUCACAAUCAACGAGAAAUUUCUUGCCUUCAAACUAUCACGUCUCCGAACGCGGUGAAAUCGACGUCAAGGGAAAGGGGACAAUGAAAACGUACUGGUUGGACCACAAGGAGAACCGUCCACCGUUGCAGGUUUUGUCGGAAGCAGUCCGGCAGCCUUCGAUUGAGUACAUCGAAUCGAGUAAGGAUCGUCGAGUUAGCAUAUCAACGCACAACGUCCCGCACAAACAGUCUAGUGGAGGCUUAAGUUCCGUGGGAGCGGAAGAUCGUCGAGUCUACUCACCGGUUACUUUCGAAGACGUGGCAAGGCGAAGUACUGCUAACUCUCCGGUCAAGCUGCACAGCUUCGGUCCACGUGGACGCGAGAAUCGAUCCAACUCGACGGGUCACGCUUUCAUGCAAAGUGUUUCGGACGUGUUUGGAUCGCUGGUCAGCGAUACGGAGGAGUUUCUGGAAGACAUGCAACAUCGGAAUUCGCUCAGCAAUACCAACUAUACACCUUCUACACCUUCAUCGUGUGCAUUUAGUCCACCGCCGGCUUUCAGAUCUAAGUCUAAGCAUUACAUACCGGGACAAUUCUCAGAAGAGGAGCUGGAUCUUCUCUCAAAUACAACGAACUCUCCUUCUGCCCAAAGUUCCAUCGAUCAUCCCGAUGCUAUCAAGAAAUCCAAUUUGCUCAGCAAACCGCAGAACGUCUCCAUCUAUGAUCAGCAGAAAGUCAAGAACCGGAAAGCCAAGCUGGACAGUGUGCAGCAGAAGCAAAACGAAGCUCUUCAAAAACUGGACAAGAUGGUUCAGGAGAUCUACGACACCGAUCUGCCGGGAAUGUGUUUCAUGAAUCCGCCUGCCUCCAGGUCGGAUGGUAACAUUUGCAAGUCCAAUUGUAGUAGAUCUCAGGCACCUCCUCCCCCUGCUGCAGCUGCUGCUACCACCACUGUAGACGCCGUUUCUCAGGCAGCGCCUCCUGCUUGCGAACACGCGCGAACCCUACCGCAGCACUGCCAUGGCUGUGGUGGCUCGACCCCGGUUGGUGGAACCGGCCCGGCCAGGGUGCCCCAGAGUAUUAGCUUCACCCAUGCGAAAGAGCACAAAUGCUGCCCGGGCUAUGGGGCCAUGGCCCAUCACCACCAGAACGGGCGUCACCACAAAGUGCACUCCAAUGCUUGUCAGUUGCUCUAGAAGUUUGAGGAGGGGCUUGCCGCUGGUACGGGACGGCUGAACGGGGAUCUUCCACUGGGGCAUUGAGAUAUCUGGCAUAUCUCGACGAUGGUGGGGGAAGACCCGUGGCUUUUUUUAGUUUUGUAGGAUUAUUUAUUUUAGAUUAAGGCUAGAAAGAGUGAGAGCGUGUACAUAGUGGUAUGUGCGAAUGGUUGGCUAGUUCUAAUGAAACGCUUGGGGGUAGACUGUACCUGUAAAAAUGAUCUGCAGAAACCCUUGAAGAUUGAUAACACAAGUUUACAAAAUAAAAUGAAAGUCGCGAACUUCUGUCAACGACCAAAAUUUUUGAAGCACAAUUUAGUGCUGAUUUCGAAACCGACCUUCAAAAAAUUUUAAGUAGAACAGUUUUUGAGUUUCAGCUCAAUAUCGAGUUUUGCAACUUUUCAAAAUAUGUAAUUUACUAAAAUUCAAAUAUAUUGCGUUUUGUUCAACCAACUUUAAAUAUUUUUCCAUAAAUUAAAAGUUGAAUACAAUACCAUUCGAUCAUCUGAAUACAGGUUUUGCAUCAGAUUGAUGAAAUUCAAGAUAUUAGCGAGUUUUAGGGACGAUCUUCUUAAAUUUUAGCAAAAUUCCCAAAAUUUUUUGAAGAAAUGUAUUUUUUUUAAUAAGAAAAAACCAACUCAAAAAUUCUUUCUCGACGUUUAUUUGACAUAUCAUAUGUAGGCGAGUUACAGUAAAAAUUUCAGCUCAAUCGGAGCAUUGAUUACGGAGAAUGAGAUGUUUGAAGUGAGCGACUUUGCUUAAAAAUAGAACAAAAAUCGAUUUCAAAUCAUCAACCUUGUAUGGAAAGUCGAAAAAAAAUCCGCUCUACUGUAAUUUUUUUCCUUCACGUUUUCGAACUCAGGGCAUCAUUCUACACCAAAAAUGAUCAUCAGCUUACCGAGUUCAAAAAUGCUGUAAACUAGUGUAACUGACGAGAAUACUUAAGAUGUGAAUGCACAGCGUUUGGUUAAUUGACAAAUUGAGGGAUAUAUUUUCGAACAAGUUACAGGAUUCGCGAAGUAAGCGUUGCCGCGGACGGAAGUAUACCUUAACGGCUUGUCAUUUUCGAGUCGUUAGCAAACUCGCCUGAAUGGCAAGCGAACAACUUGCUGCAUGUAGGCUUGGGCGAUCUCAUCUUGUAUUGAUCCAAUACACGGAGCAAGUUGAUAGCAAAUUAUCGUCAUAAAUAGUUUUGCAUAUCCACAUCUUAUGCACCACAAAGUGAUGUGUGAGCACGCUGUAUUCGCGGCAUUUCUGCAACACCUGGCGGAUGGCGAACAUCUGGUCCGUUGUAGCGCAUUCACCCAUGAAUCCAGCCUGAUAUUGCCUCACGAACUCUCUUGCAAUCGGUUACAGACGGCGGCAUAAGAUUUGAGAGAGUAUCUGGUAGGCAGGACUCAGUAGUGAGACUGCGCUGUAGUUCCCGCAAUCCAACUUGUCGCCCUUUUUGUAGAUGGGACUCACACUACCUUCCAUCUAUUCCUCCGGUAAUACUCAAUCCUCCCAAAUCUUGGUAAUGACCCAGUGUAGUGCUCCCAUCAGUGCUUCUCCACUGUUUUUUAGAAAUUCCCUUGGUAGUUGAUCUGCUCUGGUGGCAUUGUUGUUUUUCAAUCGGCCUUCCACCUCCUCAAUCUCUUGGAGGUUAGGGGUCGGAAGUCUUUCGUCCUGCGCACGUACUCCUAGAUCUAUUACCACGCCACCUUUGGUGCUUGCAACGUCGCCAUUGAGCUGCUUAUCCUGAUGCUGCCGCUACAUCUCGACGAUACAGCUCUUCCAUUGCUUCACGAUCUUGUACUUCUUGAUGGCGCUUCUUCUUCCUGCAUUUCGUUAGUAUUUUUGAAAAGGUUUAUGUACAUUUUCCUGGAUGUUCUGUUUAAAAGUUUUGUACAUUAAGAUUACCAGAAAUCCAUACCGCUAAGUCACCCACUAAACGAAAGCUAAUGGUCUCCUUUAUCAUUUAGUGCUCAAAGGAAAACGUUGUAUCAAGGAAUAUAAAACAUUUUUUUUCGUGAUUUUUAGAACAAAUUUCCAAGAAAUAUUCGGUACUUUUCGGUACUUCUCACCCAAAAUGUGUGUGAAAAAAUAAAUUCAAAUAAAUCGUUUUGCUCUAGCAUCGAAUGAAAGGGAAACCUCUUAGAUUUCAUAUGGUGGGUGAUUUUUUUUGCUGAUUAUUUUUUAAAUAAUAUUCUUCUAUCCUAGACAUCGAGUACACAACUACGCAAAUUGAAAAGAUACUAGCUAUUUUUUCGGAAAUUUCAUUGAAAGUUGAUUUGAAAAUUCCUGUUUGAAAUUCUUUCGUCAAUUCUUUGGAUCAUCGGCAACUUCUCCAUAACUCAAUUGUUGAUUUCGGCAGUUAUUCCAAACGGUAAUUCCUUACUUUCCAGUGUAACUUUUUGAGACAUUUCCAAAAACUUGGCCUUAAGGCGAAACUGGAAGCAUUUCCUCACUUUUUGGUUUUUUGAUUUUUUAUUAAAUAACGAAUCAAUAUUUUCAAAGUCGGUUUUCGUACACAUGUAAAGGUUGAAUCAAGGUAUCUUUUGAUUUUUUUUUCGUAGUGGAAAAUGUAUUUCGUUUUUGCAGAAACCAUUUUUGAACGAAAUUUCACAAAAAAAGGGUUUUUGAAAAAAUGGAAUACUGUUUCAACUCGAAAAAAAAAAUCAGAAGAUACAUUGAUCCAUACUCUACACAUGUACGAAAACCGUUUUUGAAAAUAUUGCUUCGUUAUUUGAAAAAAAAAUCAAAAACUGAAAAAUAAGGAAAUGUUUCCAGUUUUGCCUUAAAGAAUUUGGAAAGAGAUUGCCAAAGCAAUUCCCAAGGAAUAUCCUGAAGUAAUAGUGGAAGGAAUUUCCAAAAGGAUUACCUAAGAAAUUUCUAAAUGAAUGGUUUCCAAGGAAGGAAAAAGUUUACUACUGUAGGGCAGUGCCUUAAAAAAUAAAAGUAUUGUCGAAGGGCUCUUCAAAAUAGCUACCUUUAGAAAUAACGAAGAAAUUGCCAGUGUAAUUCUCAAAGGAAUUGCUGAACAAAUUUCAAAGAAAUAACCGUAAAAAACUGUACUUAUACUCUUCACUAUUGUUCUGAAAAGUACAAAUCUCCUGUAUUCAACGUAAUUUUGUGAAGACUUUUUAAAAAAUCAUACUACUCAAUAUUUUUUGGGAAAUUAUUCUCAUCUAUAAUCGUAUAAUCGCAUUUUCAAGCAAUUGAACAAAGAAUGAAUGUUAAUUUCAAACCAGAUAUGGGUCAUUCCGCGCCAAGUGACCGACCACUUGCAAUCGACCAUCACGGAUUUGAACCAAAUUUGGUUGAAACAUUUUUUUAGAAGCAAAAAGAAAAAAUCCAAAUUUUGGUGCCGAUCGGAUCACCCCUCGGCCCGUGGCAGCACCCCUCGUUUUGGCCGAUAUGAAAAUUAUCCUCUCUUUCUUUUAUUUUUAUCAUUGAAACGAUUGCACAUAUACAUUUUCGACCUUCGGCUUUUUUAAAGGAAAUCGUUCAGGGAAUCCAGAAAAAAAAAUAUUAUUUUUUUGAUACAGUGUUGCCAGAUAUCAUAUUUUUCAAGUUUAAAACUAAAAAUCGAUUUUUCUCAAAAUACGUAUAUUUUGAUUUUAAAAAUUUUGAUUCCAUCGUGUUUAUCAGACGUUUUUCGAUUGAAAAAGCUUAACUCCCCAAGGUUAUUUGCGUCGUUCCUGAGAUAUAGCGUUUUUAAGAAAAAAUAUUCAUUUUUUUCAUAUAAAGUAUCAUAUAAAAUCAGGUGCAGCUUAUAAAUAUCGUAAAAAAAAACAUUGUUCGAUGCCAUAUGAAGACGUUUUGUGCUGAUUUGAACAAUAUCGAGUAUAAAAAUGAUUUAAAAAAUUGUGACAGUGUUGCCAGUUUACCUUUUUUAUUAUAACAUAAAACCUAACCUUCAAGUGUUAGACAAUGUACAGGUUAUUCUGAAAAAUCGUACCAUGUGUGCUGCAAGAUGUGUGAACAAGAUAAAAACAAUACACAUCUUCUCUAACGACCUUGUUGUUGACCUUUUCUUCACAGACAAACAGACGUAACACCAAGAAUAAUUUUCUUGAAAAUCUAUCGCCUAGUUUACACCACCAUCAACUGGUGGAAAUGUUUCAUGAUACAUUGCAUUGUGCAAUAUCGUCAACAGAAGGCACUAGCGUGAAACGCCAAACGCUUAGACCCGAGCAGAAAAAAAUAUCAACAGCAUAAUAUAAUAUGUUAUUUUUGCUUAAUAACUGUAUAAUAGAAUCAGUAAUUUUUAUGUUAUAAGCAUAAUAUAUUAUGUUAUAAACUUGUCUGUCAUAAGCGGCAAAAUAACAAAUAUCAUAACAAAAUAAUGUUCCUGGAAGACUUAUUCAAUAACAAACAUGUUUUGUUAGAUCAAUUACAACUUAAUAACUGGAAAUUUGUGAACUUGUUAUUGUUGUGUUAUUGUUUAUCACAAAUUAGUACAAUCUCUAUAGUAAAAUAAUAACGAAACUUGUUCUACAACCAAAUAUGUUAUUGAAAUGUUAUCUUGUGGAUAUAUUUCAAUAACUUUAACAUAACAAAAUGAUAUUGCUCAACAAAACAUGUUAUUAAAAUGAUAUAUUUUGAUAAGUUAACAAUAACAAGUUAUGAUAUAAAAACAGGCUAUGUGAUUCUGUUGUUAUAAAUUUGCUAUUCUCCUUUGCUCGGGGAAAAACGAUGCGCGCACCUCUGGUUGUGAAAGCUACAACUAUAAAGGUUUAAAAAAAAUCGUAAAACCGUGGUCGAUGGAAAUUUCGCCAAUUUUACGUCUGUUUGUCUGUGUUUUCUUGUUUAUGGUCCUAUCUGACAAAAUGACCCGAUAAUUGGCAGUUAUUGUUAGUUUGAUAGCUAGCAAUAAAAAAAUGUUUAUUGGAAAAGAUGAGAAAAAAAUUGUUAAAAUAUAAAAUGUAUCUAUUGUGAAAUUCAUUUCAAUUGUCAUUUUAAUCAUUUUAACGAUGUUGUAGAUGGAAGUGUUGUCACACAUGUCAUUUUUAUUGUAAACAUAUAAUUUACACGAAAGCUUUCGUAAAUAGAUAACACAAAAUAAAAACAAAUGAUUUCUGUUUUUUAUACAUAUCGAGCACAUUUGGCAACACUGUAUGAGUAUGAUGGCAACACAAUUCAUUAUUGCUACUCCAUGGUUAAUCGCAGCGAACGAUUGUCGCUUUAGUGUGUGUGUUUGCUUGUCAGCGACGACAGCAGCCACUUCGAUCACUCACCAACAUUCUUCACCAUUCGCCAUUCAUUCAUUCGCUUGCGAUCAAAACUGCGACGAACGGCAACGAAUAUCCAUGUCAAGCAACUUGCGCAUGGCUUCCCACAAAGAGGAGUGAAUAUGAAUGGAGUGAGGCGAAUAUAGCGAUCCUUAAUAUGAUACUAUACAUUGUCGAUCUGGGAGUCACCUAUAAUUGAUCGAACAAUCGAUUUGAUUUAUCGGAAUUAACCUUCACGUACAAUCGAUCUCUUUACCAUGCAAAAAAAGCCUAAGAAGAGUUGUUAUCACCCCUCUAGGGAGCAAACGCCACUAAUCCAUUUCACUCAGAAAUUUUAGUUCAUUCUUCGCCACGAAGAACAAACAAAAACUCAUACCAUAUGCAAUCACAUCAAUAGACAACACAAUACUCAACACUGUUCUUUACUUCUCUGCCCGGGACAAUAAUGGACAUGAUCUAUUAUUCUGCGAUCCCCUCAUAGUGGUGAUGCAUUCACAGUAAGAGUAAAUGCAAUACUAAGCAUCCCCGCACCUAUUGUUUGCGUUUCCGCGGAAUACUAGCAUAUUUGGCAACACUGCCGUAAGAAUCAAUCAAAAGAUAUUUUUACAGGGAUUUUUUAAGAAGUUGAACCGUCGAACAUAAAAUAAAAAUACUGAAGUCUGAGCUCCCAGUUGCGCGACGAUGCGUAGUAUCUAAUAUUAUCUAAUUUCAAAGGAUAUCAUACUUCAUAUUUUAUCAUAUUCCAUAUUUUCAGGUUCAGCUUCUGAAGUUGGCUGUGGGCCAUUGAAUGUAGUUAUAUCGAAGUGACAUUUUCAGCACUGUUGCUUAAAAAUACACUCAUCAAAUGUUUUCCUGAAUAUAUUUUACGUCGAUGUUGCCAAAUGUACUAAACCUUAAUAAAGAAACACUUUUGGCUUGUUAAUUAGAUUUCAUACUAAAGUUCUAGUAAAAUUGAGAUUUCUACAAUAAAUAUUACAUAUUUGGCAGCAGUUCCGUUCAGAUAAUGUUAAAAUAUAUGGAAUUUGUUUAGAAUUGAUGAUCUCAAUAGAUACAUUUUUUUAGUUCAACAGGUUAUGCUAGUCCAUAACGAUAGACUCAUAAUUGAUGAACUGGCAACACUGUCAUAUUUUUUUAAUCCUUAUUAUACUUGAUAUUGUUCAAAUCAACACAAAACGUCUUUAUAUGGCAUCGAAUAAUGUUUUUUUGCGAAAUUUAUAAACUGCACCUGAUUUUAUAUGAUACUUCAUAUGAAAAAAUGAAUAUUUUUUCUUGAAAACGCUAUAUCUCAGGAACGACGCAAAUUACCUUGGGGAGUUAAGCUUUUUUGAUCGAAAAACGUCUGAUAAACACGAUGGAAUCAAAAUUUUUAAAAUCAAAAUAUACGUAUUUUGAGAAAAAUCGAUUUUUAGUUUUAAACUUGAAAAAUAUGAUAUCUGGCAACACUGUAUCAAAAAAAUAAUAUUAUUUUCAGGAUUCCCUGAACGAUUUCCUUUAAAAUAGCCGAAGGUCGAAAAUGUGUAUGUGCAAUCGUUUCAAUGAUAAAAACAAAAGAAAGAGAGGAUAAUUUUCAUAUCGGCCAAAAUGAGGGGUGCUGCCACGGGCCGAGGGGAGAUCCGAUCGUCACCAAAAUUUGGAUUUUCCUUUUUCCAUCUAAACAAAUGUUUCAACCAAAUUUGGUUCAAAUCCGUGAUGGUCGGUUGCAAGUUUUCACAUUUUCUCGCUCACUUCAUAUGGAAUGACCCAUAUGUAACUUAGAGUUAUUCGUAAUUUUGUGAAGAUUUUAUAUUUUUAGGAAUGUGUACUCUCACUACUAUGCAGGAAAAUUAUUCUCAUGUAGAUGCAAUUGUUUUCGAAUAUGAUGGUAUCUAAGAGGCUUUUGUGUACACACCCCUACAGACAUUGUAUAAGAAAUUCAGAAAUUUAUUGAGGAAUUUCUUCAAGAAUUUUUCCAGUACCGUUGUCUGCGAUUUCUUCCGAUAUUUCACGAGCUUCCUUCAGAAUUUCCACAAUAGAAUACUUAAAGCAUUUUUUUCUUUGGAAUUUCUUGCAGAUAUCUCUAAGGUGAAACUGGAUACAUUUCUCCAUAUUUUGGUUCUUGAAUUUUUAUUAAAUAACGAAACAUUAUUUUCAAAUUUGGGUUUCAUACACAUUUUGAGGAAGGCUCAAGGUAUCUCCUGAUUUUUUCCUGGUGAAAAUUGUUUUUCGUUUUAACAAUAACCAUUUUUAAACAAAAUUUCUAAAAAUAUGUUUUUAGAAAAACGAAAAACAUUUUCCCCAGAAAAUAAAAUCGUGAGAUACUUUAAUUCUUCCUCUAAGAGUAUAUGGAAUCAAUUUUUUAAGAUAUUGAACCACCAUUUAAUAAAAAAUCAUAAAUAAAAAAAAUGGAAAUGCAUCCAGUUUUGCCGUAAGUCUCUAAUAAUUUCUUUUCAAGAGAAUAAGGCGGGUAUUUAAAGGUGUUUCUUUAGGUUUUAUCCUACAGUACGCGGCAGGAAAAAAUGCGAAAGUGUUUUUCAACUUCAAACCUCAUUUUCGUCCAUUUGACAUUAACCAAUCUAUGUUUCAACGUUCCAUGAUCUAUAAUAGGCUAGUUUUCUGAAAAGUUAAUUUAAAAAUUUCCCAUUUUGGUCACUAACCUUUACAGGGCGGCGCCUGAAGAUGAAGACAACCAGAAUUUUCAAACCGCAGAAAAUCACACAGGUCGCUAAAUUUCGCAUCUGAUAAAUCAAAAUUUUUGAUUUUCUCUACAAUAUCAUCAAAUAUAUGUACUUAUUUCAUCUGGUAUGUGAAACUACAUGGCUCUGGAUCAGUGUGGUCUGGUUGUUCAUCGAAUUUGGGCUAAUUUUGUUACUGUUAUAGUCAUUUUGUUUAAUGACCAUUGGGCGCGCAGUUUAUUGAUAUCCGUUUAUUAGGCCCACAUUAUCACAUGUUAAACAUCGAAUAUGUUCAUUUUUAUUUUUCAGUGCUAGAAUUUAGACAUUGACUGAUACACUGUCAUGAAAAAAUAGUCAUAUAUAUCCCAUAUUUAGCCUUGAACUUUUCGCAUUUUUUCCUGCCGCACCCUGUAGGCAUUCAUCAAGGAAUUGUUCUCAAUAUAAUUGCUUCAGGGUUUUUUUCCACUAAUUCCUCCAAAAAAUCAAGAAUUUCUUCUAGGGGAUUCCAAAGGUAUCUACACCAAAGGAUAUCAAAGGAUGUCUUGUAUCAACCCUUCAGAGAUUUCUUGUAAAUUCUUUAAAGGAUUCUUUAAAAAAUCUCCAGUAAUUUCGUGGAAUUUCCGGAUCUCUCUGAAAUAUUCCACGAGCAACUCUUGAAGGAAUCCAAGGAGGAAUGUCUUAAAAGCUUCUUGGUUUUGGCGGAACUCCUAGGAAAAAAAUAGCAAUUUAAUAAAAUUCUAAUAAUUUUGAUCAAUCUGUGUACGAAUUUCUGAAAAAAUAACACCAGGUGGAACGCAUAGAUAAGCGUCAGCAAGACCCCAAGAAAACACUGUCGAGAUAUUUCUAAAAUAGUUUAUGUAUACAUUCCUGGGAAAUAUUUUUGAAUAAAUUUCUUAAAGAAUCCAUUGCUAAAUUGAUGAAGUUAUCCUUAGAGGAAAUGCCGGAUAAAUUCCUGGGGUAAAACAUCGAUAAAUAUCCGGAAAAAAACUUGAAGUCCUGCAGGAGUCUGUGGAGAAAUUCCUGCCUGUAUCACUCAGAGUAAUAAUAAAAGAAUCUUUGGAUAAAUUUCUGCAGGAUUUUCUGGAUGAAUCCCUGAGAUACCUGAAUACCUGAAGAAAUAUCUGGUUUUUACAGCAAAUUCUCAGAUAAAAAUAAUAAUAUAAUUCCUGAAGGAAUCUAUCUAAAAGAAUUAUUGGAGAGGGAAUAUUUGAAGGAAGCCCUGGAACUUUAUUUAAAAAAUCCUGGAGUAAUUUAUAAAAAAAUAGCCAAAGGAUAUUCUGUAAGAAAGCUUGGUAGUUUUUAAGACCGAAUUACUGGAGUAAGUUCUGAAGGAAUCUAUGGAUUAAUUUUGGAUGAAAUCCAGAGAAGUUUUCCUGGGUUUAGAAUCCUUGGAGAAAUUUAUGGAAAAAUCUCAAAAGAAAUUUUUGAAGGAAUCUCCUUGGAAAUUUCUAAACGAAUCCCAGGACGAAUUUCUGAGUUUGUGGAAGAUUUUCUAAAGAAAUCGUUAGAGAGCACUUUUAAUUUUCUGAAAACAUCGUCAAAUGCAUUUCUGAAGGAGUCCAUGGAUAAUUUCCUGAAAGAAUACUUGUACAGAUUCCGAGAAGUUCUGAGGAGGAUUUUCUUAAUCCAUGAAAUCUUUAAAGAGGAAUUUUUGAAGAAAACUCUGAAGGAUCCUCUAACGAAAAUUCCGAUGGAAAUCUUGGAGGCAAUUCUGAAACGAUGGAAGAUGUUUCAAAGAACUUUCGAAAGAACUCCAUGGAUGACUUUCCGAAAUCAAUUCCUGAAAGAUUUGCUAAAAAGAAUUCUAUGGAGCAAUAUCAAAAACAAUCCUGAGCAGGUUUUAUAAAAAAAAUCAACCUAAUUUCUGGGGUAAUCUCUUAAAAACUUCGGAGAUAAUUUCACAGGAAACUAAAAAUUUUCUAAAGGAAUCAAUGAAAGAAAUCCUCAGGGAAAUUUCCGAAGGCAUGCGAGGUAGAAUUCAUUUAUUAUUCCUAGGCAAACUUUCUGAAGAAUCACUGGAGGAACUUCUGAAAAUAUGCGAAACUAAAGAAAUCCCUGGAGAAAAUAUCAGAAUGAAAUUUUGAUACAUUUUUCAAAGAGCUCGUUGGAAUUCAAGUAUUACAAUUUUUGGAAAGUUUUUGAAAAAAAUCCGUGACGAAUUUCUGAAAGACUUCUCGAAAUAUUUCUUUUCCUCUACUCUUUUUGGCGUAACGUCCUCACUGGGACUAAGCCUGCUUCUCAGCUUAGUAUUCUAUGAGCACUUCCACAGUUAUUAACUGAGAGCUUCCUUUGCCAAUUACCAUUUUGCAUGUGUAUAUCGUGUGGCAGGCACGAAGGUACUCUAUGCCCAAGGAAGUCAAGGAAAUUUCCUUUACGAAAAGAUCCUGGACCGACAGGGAAUCGAACCCGUCACCCUCAGCAUGGUCAUGCUGAAUACCCGUGCGUUUACCGCCUCGGCUAUAUGGGCCCUUUGCUCUUUAUUUCUUUUAUUUUUGGGAAUUUUUGUUGGGAUUUGCAUGUGAAUCCCAUACUUCAUAUUUGUGAGAGUACAUAAAGAUUAGGAAAUUAUAUAAGUCAAUGUAUUAUAUUUAGGAUAUGAAAAAGUAAUUAUUCCUUCAAACUAGGGAAGCGCGACAUUUUUAAAAAAUGGCACAUGUAACUUUUCUUAUAUUUAUAAGCUGCAGAUAAUUUCGUAAGAAAAUCACAUGAACAAUCACAAUAUAAGAAGUUCUUACACCCAAUCAAAAUCAUAAAACAUGUUUUUUUCUUACACAAUGAGCGAAAUCGUUAAUUCAGAUAUCAGGAUGGAAGUUUUUUUUGUUGUGGGCUUAACAAUAUCAAAUAAAUUAAACAAAAUCAGAAUAGUGGAAGAAAAAUUCCAAAUCGCCUAUUCCAUAAAAGAGCUCUUUUUACAAUUUCAGGAACGUUAAUGUUUGGAAUAUUCACAUGGGCAGUUUUUCCUAAAUAUGUGAAUGCGCAAACAUGAAAAACAACAUAAGAGAUUUUCAAAUAUCUGGGAGAGCGAAAGAAAAAUAUCCAAUAUCAUAUUAAUUUUACAUAGUAUUAUCGAGAGCUUUAUUCUCCUCAUCAAGAUGGAUAUUUGUAAACCAAAUUAUCUGAAACUUUGUCGUAUAAUUCUGCUAAGUUGGGAAAGAUUUGAGGCCAGCUUUGAGAUCAACGAACAAUUUCAAAACCCCCCAUGACUAAGAUAACAAAACGGCCGAAAAUACGUUCCUCAAUAUGAGGGCGGCCAGCUCGUACCCAAGGGAGGGCUUUAGGGGGCUAAACCCGAUUACCUUUUAUGUGCACAGGUUUGGAGGGUGCAGAAAUAUCGUAAAUUACCCAAAGGUGAUUUUCUUAUAUACAGUUUGGUCGUUUGGUGGAAACAAUCCCUAAUUUCACUGAAAUGUAUGGAAGCACGUUGACAAACAUAGUUUGUUUUUCUUAUGUUUGCGAGGGCACUCAUACUUUGAGUUUGAGCAGGUUACUCAGUGAGUAACUUGGAGUAACCUCGAUGACACCACUGGAUACUGCUAACGGUUACGUGUAUCUUUAACCAUCUAACCAUUGAUUACUGGUACGCUAAGCGUACAACCGCAUCACGCCAUUAAUUAAGGGUCACCUGUUUGAUGGACUUUAACAUCGAAACAGACGGCCCGUAGUGUUAUUCUUUUCCAAUUGAGGCAACGGCAUGCCUGAACAGCCGUUGAAGGUACCAAGGUUAACACUGGAUCCAGGAUUACACAAACGUUAAUAAUUGUACAACACUUGUUUGCAUCGCCUGCGAUAUUCAUAUUCUCAUACAAUUUGGAUAGGUUUUAUCUCAGAGCUCUGAAUAUUUUUAACUUCAUACAAGUUGCAUUCAUUUGUUUAAUGAUUCACCUACAAACACUUUGCUACACAAAUCUAUUAGAGUAUGUCGUCCAGUAUAAAUGCUUUUCCACGUACACUCACAUGUUUGACGUCCUUGUGGAUCCUGCGUGCUCAUGCUAGUAGUAAGUAAAGGUGAUUUAUUUUAGUACAAAUAUAAUAAGAACAUGUUACUCAUUUUCUCAAUCUUUAUGAAGGCCACAACGUACAUCUCGCCAUCCACUUCGCCGCCGUUUGCAAAAACAGCAACGGAUUGAUCUUUCACCGGUUAUCCCUUCGAAUUUACCCAUUGUGAAUGAAUAAACAACUACAGUGUUGGGUAGUUACUCUAUCAAGACGAUUGCACAAAACUCAGUUUAAAACUAGCCUAUCAUUCCGUACCACAAAUGUGUAGUAUGUAGAAAAAUAGUCAUUUUUAGUUUAAUUUUAUCAACAAAGAAUCUUGAUACACAUUUGGUAGUUGUGAAUUACCAGCGUAGUCUAGCAAAAUUCAAGGACGAACGUACUUCGCAACUGUAAAGCUUUAAUUAGAAGAACCACGGCAACUGGCCGACAGGGGGAAGUUUUGUCGGAAUCGUUUCAAAAAACGAUCCCAAUGUAGCUGUGUGUAUGUAUGUAUGUAAGUGUGUCUGUUAUUUGGUGUGCAGUCAGCAAUUGACUUGGUAGGUGAUAAUAAGGUUAGUAAAUGGAAACUUUCGACCAAAGACGGAAAACGCUUGGAGUAAGAUGGUGGUGUAGCGGUAGAUGGAACCAAAGCAUUUAGAACACUUGAAGAAAAAAAAUAUAACAAAUCACAGUGUGAUUCAUGUCAUGGACUAAAUAGGAGAGGACACCGUUUAAAAUCAAAAACUUCAUGGUCACUCUCCUGUGCAAUCAGAUACGGUAGACCUUAGGUAGCUAGCAGUCGAAACGAGAUCAGUCAUCGAAUUUGUGUCACACUCUAAUAGUCAUGUAAAAAAAUCAGUAUAUUCACUUCACGUCUCAACUCACUCAAAUGAAUCUCAUUUGAAACUUGAAUGAAACUCAAACGAAACACAUAUGCAAUAAUAUUUAUCCAGAAAGUGACACUAGAUUGAUUUGUAUCAUUGUUGUCUCGUGAAUAGAAUUUUAUUCAUCCCUAUAUCAAUAUUUAAGCGAUAAAUUCCUUAUCGCCCACAUAACAAUAGCAACGAUCAGGAUUGUAACAGACAAUAAAUCCCUACAAACUUUAAUGAAUCAAACCUCCUAAAGUUUCCAAACAGAAAAUCACGUGCCGCUAUUCAGAUUUACCCGUGUCAUCAUACACUUUGUAACGAGCACGUCGACAAAGCGCAACCGAAGGUACUAAAGAAGCAGUUUGCUAAAGUUUGCAUCCGGACAAUAAAAUUGAAACCACGAUGAUGAGAAAGAGGGAACCGUAUCAAAUGAAAAACAAAAAAGAAAACUUGUUUCGAUUUUAA